ACGCCCCCUGACUCAUGGCCACGCCCACCGCGCCGCCGGAGCCUCCCGAUUGGUCCGCCCAAGCUCUGCCCCCUUCGCGAGCACGCCCCGUUCUCCACACUGUCAAUCAAAGUUAGCGCCUGCUCUGAUUGGGCGAGGCUUCGUCUCUCCCCGCCUUCUCAUUGGGUGAUGCAGCCGCGCGGCUCCGCCCCCUCCGGUCACCUUAUUUGUUGUCCGUCCCGCCCUUUCACGCGUCUUUACUUUUCAUUGGUCGCCAGCCGUGUCACUGACCGCAAACCCCACUUCCUCACCGCCUUUCCCCCUUCCCAUUGGCCACGCUCUCUCCUCCCCUUAUUGGCCGCUGUGCUAUCCAUCACCCCCUCCUCUCCAUCCUAUUGGUGCAACACGGCGGGGCGUCGCCCACCUAGUUUCCCAUUGGCGGAGCACAAAGGCGGGCUCUUUUCCUAUUGGCUCAUUCCUCUGUUAGUCCCGCCCCUCUGGCCGUGAGGGGCUUGGCGGAGCCGCUGUUUGUGCGCCGGGAGGGCCCGGAGGACCGUGGUGCCAUCGCGCCCAGCCCGGCCAUGGCCGCCCGCGGUGCCCAGCGGCCCAACGGGCACUCACAGCCCAGUAAGAUCUGCCAGUUCAAACUGGUGCUGCUGGGAGAGUCGGCCGUGGGCAAGUCCAGCCUGGUGCUGCGCUUCGUCAAGGGCCAGUUCCACGAGUACCAGGAGAGCACCAUCGGCGCCGCCUUCCUGACGCAGUCCGUGUGCCUGGACGACACCACGGUCAAGUUUGAGAUCUGGGACACGGCGGGGCAGGAACGCUACCACAGCCUGGCCCCCAUGUACUACCGGGGGGCUCAGGCUGCCAUCGUGGUCUACGACAUCACCAACCAGGAGACGUUUGGGCGGGCACGGGGCUGGGUGAAGGAGCUGCAGCGCCAGGCCAGCCCCAGCAUCGUCAUCGCCCUGGCCGGCAACAAGGCCGACCUGGCCAGCAAGAGGAUGGUGGAGUACGAGGAAGCCCAGGCCUACGCCGAUGACAACAGCCUGCUCUUCAUGGAGACCUCGGCCAAGACGGCCAUGAACGUCAACGACCUCUUCCUGGCCAUCGCCAAGAAGCUGCCCAGGACGGAGCCGCCGAGCUCGGCCGGGGCCGGGGGCCGGGGCCGGGGCGUGGACCUGAGCCAGGAGAGCCCCCGGGGCCGGGGACAGUGCUGCGGGAACUGAGGCAUCCGCUGGGAUCCACUGGGAUCUGCUGGGAUCUACUGGGAUCCAUCCAGCCCAAAUCCUGCUGGGAUCCACCGGGACUGAGCCAGCUGAGCCCCUGGGCCACGGGCAGUGCUGCAACCGAGGGAUCCCAUGGGAUCCACUGGGAUCGAUCCAGUCAGAAUCGCGCCUGGGAUCCACCGGACCUGAGCCAGGAGAGCCCCCGGGGCCGGGGACAGUGCUGCCACUGAGGGAUCCACUGGGAUCCACUGGGAUCCACUGGGGUCACAUCACUGCUGGGAUCCACCCCAGUCACAGCUGGGAUCCACCGGACCUGAGCCAGGGACAGUGCUGCAGGAACUGAGAUCCAACGGGAUCUGCUGGCUCCUCCUGGCUCCUCCAGAUCCCUCCUGGAUCCACCAGGCCCCACUUGGAUCUACCAGAUCCCUCCUGGACCUUCCAGAUUGCUCACGGAUCCUCCAGCCCCCUCCUGGCUCCUCCAGACUCUGCUGGGAUCCCCCAGAUCCCUCCUGGAUCCACCAGAUCCCACCUGGACCUUCCACAUUUCACACAGAUUCUUCAGCCCCCUCCUGGAUCAUCUGGAUCCCCCCUGGAUCCACCAGAUCCCUUUUGGAUCCCCCAGACUCCUCCUGGCUCCACCAGAUCCCUCCUGGAUCCUCCAGAUCCUUCCUGGAUCCACCAGGCCCCUCCUGGAUCCUCCAGAUCUCUCACAGAUACUCCAGACUCCACCAGAAUCCUCCAGAUCCCUCCUGGGUCCACCAGAUCCCACUUGGACCUUCCAGAUUGCACAUGGAUUCUUCAGGCCCCUCCUGGAUCCACCAGAUCCCUCCUGGCUCCACCAGAUCCCUGCUGGGCCCACCAGAUCCCUGCUGGAUUCUCCAGAUCCUUCCUGAAUCCUCCAGACUCUGCUGGGAUCCCCCAGAUCCCUCCUGGAUCCACCAGGCCCCGCUUGGAUCUACCAGAUCCCGCACAGAAACUCCAGACUCGGCCGGGAUCCCCUCGAUGUCCCCAGGUGGUCCCAGUGGUGGCCACCAUGUCCCAAUGGUGGCCACCAUGUCCCCUCAGUGGUCCCAGUGGUGGCCACGAUGUCCCAAUGGUGGCCACCAUGUCCCCUCAGUGGUCCCAAUGGUGGUCACGAUGUCCCAGUGGUGGCCCUGAGGUCCCCAGGUGGUCCCAGCCAUGGCCACCCCCCAGGUGCCACCCCCAGUUUGUCCCUGUCCCCAGCCUGGCCCAUCUCACUUGGCACUUUAUGGUCACACGGCCCGAGGGGGUGGCACCCCAACAUUGGGGACACCCCGAGGUGGUGGCACCUCAGAAUUUGGGACACCCCAAAGUGGUGGCACCCCAAAAUUUGGGACACCCCAACUUGGGGAACCCUGGAAUUGUCCCCCCAGGCGUGGGGGUGGCGGCUGUGGGGUGGAGGGACUCGGUCCCGUGUGACACCCCUGGGGACACCUUGGGGACAGUUUGGGGACAUUGCUGGGGACACCUUGGGGACAUUCCCCGGGACAUCUUGGGGACACCUUGGGGACAUUCCCGGUGCUCCAGAGCCUCUGGAGUUGGUGACAUUGAUGUCCCCAGGGUGGUGACAGAGCCCGCAGGGUCCUUGCCCUGUCCCCACCCUUGGGGACACCUUGGGGACACUCCCAGGGACACUUCAGGGCCACUCCCAGGGCCACUCCCAGGGAGACUCCCAAGGACACCUUGGGGACACCUUGGGGACACUUCAGGGCUGUCCCUGGGGACACUGCCAGGGACACUCCCAGGGCCACCUUGGGGACACCUCGGGGACAAUCCCGGGGCCACCUUGGGGACACCUCGAGGCCUUUCCCGGGGCCACCUUGGGGACACCUCGGUGACAGUCCUGGAGCCACCUUGGGGACACUCUGGAGACACCUGGGGCCUUUCUGGGGACACCUUGGGGACAUUCCCGGGGACACUCCCAGGGCCACUUUGGGGACACUCUGGGGCCACUCCCGGAGCCACCUUGGGGACAUUCUGGGGACACCUCGAGGCCUUCCCGGGGCCACCUCAGGGCCACUCCCGGUGCCCCAGAGCCUCUGAACGGGUGACAUCGAUGUCCCCAAAGUGGUGGCCCCAUGUCCCAGCCCUGGACACUGCAGCUUCUGCCACUCUUUUAUUUUCCUUUAUUUUUCCCCUUUUUUUCUUUAUUUUUUCCUUCCUUUCCCCCCCGUUUUUCGCCUUUUUCCUCGGAUUUUUUUUUCUUUCUUUUUCCCCGUUUUUCACCUUUUCCCUCGGAUUUGAUUUUUCCUUCCGCUCCGGUUUUUUCCCUGCCCUUGGGGCCGCUCCUCCCUCGCGGUGAAAUAACGAUCGUGGUAACCACAGGCUCGGGUCGCUGAUUCACCCGUGUAUUUAAUGUAAAAAAGUAAAAAAAAAAAACAAACAACAAGGACAAAAAAAAAAAAAAAAAACAAGGAAAAUAAUCCCAAAAAACCAAAAA